UCCAAAAGUAGUAAUUUCCCAGAUUUCUCGUAAUUGCAGCCUUCUCUUCCCAUUUGCUUCUCUCUCUCUCUCUCUCAAUAUUCGCUUCCCCUUCGCAGCAGCGCCUGAUUCGGGUUUGAGGAAUUAGCUUCACUGUUACAAUCAGAGUUGCUUCAAGGCCAUAGAUUUCUCAGCUAAAUCACUGUUUGGAUGCCGAGAAUUUGCAGGAAAAGAAGCCGCAGACAGACUCAAAACUCCACUAAAAUCGAGGAUUUAGGGGACCAUUAAAUGGAUAAAGAGGCACAAUCAUGAGGUGAAAAUGAGAAGAAAGUGUAGGAUCUGGUGGCCGAAGGAGCUGGCAUUGAGUGAACCAUUAUCCUCCAAUUUUUUAUUUGGGUGGUUUGUGUCUUCCUCAGUUUCUCUUGACAUAGUGGUAGCUUUUGGGUGUUGUGAAGGCUCUCUUUUGCAUAACCAGUCUGGCCUUGAGGGGACACUUCAUGAUGCAAAUGGGAACAUGCCCAAAUUUCUUCAGGAUAAAUCAAAGCUCUCUAUACUGGGACAGCAUGGUGUAGAUCUUAACAGUAAUGGCCUGUUGUUAAGCUCUGGAACAAAAGAAGAUCAAAGAAAUUCCUCAAUUUGUGGCAAUGCUUGCGUGCAGAAAAAUAGAGAUACAUUUAGAGAAAACCAUGGACAUUGGACUUGCGGGUGCCGCAAAUAUGAUGGAUUAUUAGGACAAUGUACACAAGCUUCUAUUGGAAGCAGUAAUUGGAUCCUGCUGCUAAAUGAUUUUCCUGAACAGUGUGGUGGAGAAAUUUAUCGGAUUCCUAAAUUGCAUCACUUUCAUUGGAAUGGGCAAAUAGUGUUUCAGUGUGAUGUCCACGUAAUACUUUAUGAUACUCCCUCAUAUGGUGGUCACCAUUUCUCGUUGCACUUGUGGAAUUCAUCUGAGCAAGUGAAAGCUGAUUUCAAGAAACCCAAGUGGGUUGAUGAACUUCACCAAAAGCAGCCACUAGUUGACUUGGAUACAGUAAUUUUGGCAAUUAACAGUGCUGCUUCUGCUAAAAUAUUUUUCGAGAGACAUGUGGCUCCUAGGAGGCCCAUUGUUCAGUUUUUUAUUGUUUGCAGGUUUCUUACCUUCAUCUGGCAACUAUUUGCAAUGUCCAUGGCUUCAUUAUCAACUUUAUUCUACUUCAUUCUUCAGCUUCUCCAUAUCCUUUUGAGUUUUGGAUCACAAUCGUGGAUAUAUAUUAAAUCAGCAAGGAUAUUCAGGUCUACAUGGAUAAGUAUUCGAAUCCGCUGCUGUCAGAUCUUGUAUUGGCCAAUCUUCCUUCAAGAUAAUGGCCUGAGGUCUCUAUCAUGCGUUGAAUAUGCGGAGAAAGCUGCAUUACGCAGGCAUUCCAUGUGGUCAAGCUUGGCUCUUGAUGUUCUCUUGGGAAACUUGAUUGGUUGGGCACUGUUAUACAAUGCAGAAUCUGCUUGCUGGUGGGUUAUGAACUUUACUGGUGAAAUUACAUACAAAUCGAUGCGGUCAAGUUGUGCUUGGUUGAUGGGAGCCCCUGCAGGUUUCAAGUUAAACACGGAAUUGGCAGGCGUUCUUGGCAUGGUUUCUCUUAAUGCGAUCCAAAUAUGGUCUACCCUCUCAGUCUUUCUUGGUUUCCUUUCCAUCUAUAUUAUUAAAGGGCUUGCAAUAUCAGGGAUUCUAUUUGGGAUGACAAUACCAGCUGCUUUGAUCAUAGACUUUUUUUUACUAGCAACUCUGCAUAUCUCAACUCUUCAUUGGCUGGUCUCACUUGUAUAUUCAACACAGACACAGGCAUUAGCAGAUUUGUGGCGCCUUUUCAGUGGUCGAAAAUGGAAUCCUCUUCGUCAGAGAUUAGAUAGCUACGACUACACUGUGAAGCAACAUGUCGUUGGAUCUCUUCUGUUUACACCACUCUUACUUCUCUUACCGACUACUUCUAUUUUCUAUACCUUCUUUAGCAUUGUGAACACAACCAUCAGCCUUAUAUGUAUACUGAUUGAAGUCGCUAUCUCUGUUAUUCAUGCGACACCUUAUAUCAAAAUAUUCCUUUGGUUGGCAAGACAAAGAAGAUUUCCUUCUGGGAUAUGGUUUGAAAUUGUAUCUUGUCGGAGUAAUCUGAUUGAUGAUACUGCGAUUUGUAGUCCUGAUAAAUUUGAUUCUUCAUCAGAUAAUUUGCAUUGUACUCAAAAUGGAGGGAAAUCUGGUAUUCUGGUUUCAUUUCUACACAGCAACUUCUUGAGUAUAGGAGAGCUAGUUGUGCCUCAUUAUAGAAAUGUCUUUUCUGGGGUUUUUAGUUCUUUUUUUGCUAAAUUUACUCAUGGUGUCCUCACGGGGAAAAGGGUAGCUUCUACAUUGGGUACUGCUCUUCCUUCACCAUUGCCAUGGAUGUCCAUCCCCUACAAAGAGUAUUGGUAUCUCUGCUAUGAUUCAAUUCUUGCCUGCUGCAGAUCGUGACUGUCUUCAUAUUCAAUGAUUCUUCCACUUUUUGACUGACAUAUUCUCCCCUGCAACCAUUUCAUGCUGCUCAUCAGUUGCAUUUAGAAUUUUGCGGGCUAUUCAUCACAUGAUUGUCCAUCCGGAUUCAAUUCUUGGAUUGUUGUAGGAAUGAGUUGAUUUAAGUAUAUUGGUUCCUUUCUAGGUUGGUUUUGUGUUUAUUGAAGCCUUCUGGUUUAUUUAGGAUCUAUGCAUGGUUUUUUUGUAUGCACUGGUUCCUUAAUUUGAAAUUUAUUGAUCAAA